GCGAAAACGUAGCCAAUGUUAUGCAGAGCCCGGUCACUUGGAGAAGUUAGAAAUCGACACAACACAAACGUAGUAAAACGAAGAAGCCUAGACGAAAUUCUCUAAAUAAUUGUGACCAAACCAUCAUAUCGGAAUCCUUCUAUUCUACGCGAGGAAAAGGAGAAAACAGCAGCUGUGACUUUGGAUGGCAAUAAUGACAGACCAUUGUUUAACCCCUCGUUGUUGGAUGGUGACCGAUUCACAAGUUAUACAUCUUGGUUGUGUGGAAUAGCUGGGAGCUGAAAUCUGAGAGACACAAGAACAUCGGCUGUCAGUGCAUAGCGCUGGAGGCUGCAGGGUGGCAGUGUGUUGUGAGGAGUUCCUGAGAUCGCAGAAGAGACAGAGGGGGACUGGCACUCACUCACGUAGAGUCACACACACAUCCUCUCUGCGUAGUGGCGAGCUGUGUUGCCAGCUAGUGUCUCAGGGAUUGUGCGUGCGAUGGUACAGAACAGUAGGAUGGUGGCUGUGUGGUUGCCGUGGGGAUGGGCCUGGAGGACUGUACUGCUGGUGACUGGACUGGCUUCACUGAGACCCGGGACUGAUGCCAAUGUGUUGGAUACCAUAGUGCUACUGAGGAACCCUGUAAGAGACAGGUCAGACAGCAGGAAGGAGGAGGGUGGGAGUACAGCCCUGGCUCCAGCACAGAGGACCCUCUGGUGUCACUGUUACCCUCACUGUUCUGAAGACUCCAACAAUACCUGCAGGACUGAUGGUUGUUGCUUCACCAUGGUGGAGGAAGAAGAGGGAAGUCUCCCUGUGCUGACCUCUGGAUGUCUGGGGCUGGUAGGCUUAGAGUUCCAGUGCAGGGACAACGGGGGUCCCCAUCGGAGGAGGGCUGUGGAGUGCUGUACAGACCAGGACUACUGCAAUACAGACCUGCAUCCUACUUUACCCCCACUGACGACUCCUGAUUACGUGGACAGCAGUAUCCACCCCAUUGCUCUCUUCAUCUCUGUCACAGUGUGCUGCAUCGUCUUGGUACUCAUCAUCGUCUUCUGUUACUUCAGGUAUAAGCGUCAGGAGUCGCGACCUCGCUACAGUAUUGGUCUGGAGCAGGAUGAGACUUAUAUCCCUCCUGGAGAAUCUCUGAAGGACCUGAUAGAACAGUCCCAGAGCUCUGGAUCGGGAUCAGGACUCCCCCUGCUGGUGCAGCGCACCAUAGCCAAGCAGAUUCAGAUGGUGAAGCAGAUAGGUAAGGGCCGCUACGGGGAGGUGUGGAUGGGUCGCUGGAGAGGAGAGAGAGUAGCCGUCAAAGUGUUCUUCACCACCGAGGAGGCCAGCUGGUUCAGAGAGACAGAGAUCUACCAAACUGUCCUCAUGAGACACGAGAACAUACUGGGCUUCAUAGCAGCGGACAUAAAGGGAACAGGCUCGUGGACCCAGCUCUACCUGAUCACAGACUACCAUGAGAGUGGAUCUCUGUACGACUACCUCAAGUCCACCACGCUGGACAUCAAGGCCAUGCUGCGGCUGGCCUACUCCUCAGUGUCAGGCCUCUGUCACCUCCACACAGAGAUCUUUGGCACCCAGGGCAAGCCAGCCAUCGCCCACAGAGACCUGAAGAGCAAGAACAUCCUGGUGAAGAAGAAUGGGGCCUGCUGCAUCGCUGACCUGGGCCUGGCCGUCAAAUUCAUCAGUGACACCAACGAGGUGGACAUCCCUCCCAACACCAGGGUGGGCACUAAGCGCUACAUGCCCCCAGAGGUCCUGGACGAGAGUCUGAACCGGAACCACUUCCAGUCCUACAUCAUGGCCGACAUGUAUAGCUUCGGCCUCAUCCUCUGGGAGAUCGCCCGGCGCUGCGUCUCUGGAGGCAUCGUAGAGGAGUACCAGCUGCCCUACCAUGACCUGGUGUCCUCUGACCCCUCCUACGAGGACAUGAGGGAGGUUGUGUGCAUCAAGAGACAGAGGCCCUCAUUCGCCAACCGCUGGAACAGUGAUGAGUGUCUCAGACAGAUGGGGAAGCUGAUGACGGAGUGCUGGGCCCACAACCCAGCCUCUCGCCUCACAGCUCUGAGAGUGAAGAAGACCCUGGCCAAGAUGUCUGAGACUCAGGAUAUCAAACUGUGACAAGCUGCUACUGCCACAUAGAUACACUCAACACCUAGAGACAUGUCCAUGGCCUAGUGCCACUCUGCCAGGACCACGGGAGAAGGGCAAGGCGAGUGGGAGAGAGAUGGUCAGGGUCUGCUCUCUUUUUGCCCAUGCCACUGCCACCUCUGGGAUAGAGAGUGUCCCAGUGGGCAGGGUCUGGUCUGGUGUUGCUUUCUGUGAAAGCUGAUUGGCUCUCUAAAUGAAGGGGGAACACAAGGACAGACAGUGCCCUAUGCAGGAGAGGAGGAGUCACUAUCUCCCUCACAGUAGAGGGUUAGGAGGGUGGGGGUCCUGCUCUGUCCAUCUAAAGCCAUAUAACAGUGUUUGUUUUUGUGGUAACACUUUAUUUGAAUUAGCCACCAUCAAUCCCCUUCAAACCAAUGUCAGAAUGUUCAUGAAACUUUGACAUGUUUACAACAUUUAUGUAGGGUUAUGAGGCUAGUUCAAAUAAAGUGUUGCCGUUGUUGCCCAUUGUGCUAUUUAUUCCUCUUUUUUUUUACAACUGUAGAGAAAUCUCUACAUGCUGUUGGAAGUGAAGUAUAUAUCUCUUGCAGCAUUACUGCUUUAGAAACCCAGGCAUUUGUUUCUUCUAUUCACACAGGAAAACACACGGCUUCAAUAUUGACCUACAUGUGGGCCAUUUGACUAUCCAAGGGAGCCAUUCUUAGUCCCCUGAAAUGUCUAUGUACUGUUUCAACAACUAACUAUAGGAGAAAAUGAUACCUCAUGGUUAAUAAGCUUGGGGGUGAUGUUACUCAGGCUAGCUGAUGGUUAAUAAGCUUGGGAGUGAUGUUACUCAGGCUAGCUGAUGGUUAAUAAGCUUGGGAGUGAUGUUACUCAGGCUAGCUGAUGGCUAAUAAGCUUGGGAGUGAUGUUACUCAGGCUAGCUGAUGGCUAAUAAGCUUGGGAGUGAUGUUACUCAGGCUAGCUGAUGGUUAAUAAGCUUGGGGGUGAUGUUACUCAGGCUAGCUGAUGGCUAAUAAGCUUGGGAGUGAUGUUACUCAGGCUAGCUGAUGGUUAAUAAGCUUGGGGGUGAUGUUACUCAGGCUAGCUGAUGGCUAAUAAGCUUGGGAGUGAUGUUACUCAGGCUAGCUGAUGGCUAAUAAGCUUGGGAGUGAUGUUACUCAGGCUAGCUGAUGGCUAAUAAGCUUGGGAGUGAUGUUACUCAGGCUAGCUGAUGGCUAAUAAGCUUGGGAGUGAUGUUACUCAGGCUAGCUGAUGGUUAAUAAGCUUGGGAGUGAUGUUACUCAGGCUAGCUGAUGGCUAAUAAGCUUGGGAGUGAUGUUACUCAGGCUAGCUUAGUCAUGCCAAUAAGAUGGUCUCCCCCAUGGUUGUCUUGUUACUGUAAAAAAAUCUCCCCUCACGGUAUUGAAUUGUAAAUAAUAAUAUUGAAAUGUAUUGAUACUGAUGGACUUAAUCAUGUUAAAUGUCAGUUUUCGUUUGCCUUUGGCUUGUCUACAGAAUAACUCCCUGACUGUCCACUCCACCACUAUGGCGUGUGCCUUAUUUCAUCUGUGCAUAUGUGUAUAAGAGAGUGUGUGGACCAGGAGAACAUUCCCUAAUAAAAUGAUGUCAACGUCUA